UGCGAGUUUAUGCGACUCUCGUUGACAUUGUAGCCGCGAACGAGACAGUUGAAAGAAUCGAGAACAGAAACAAGUUCGAGACAAAGUGUCGCAGUCGACUUGAUGGAUGAAAUUGUGUGAGCAAUGCACAAGGAAAAGCCCCACUUUUAUCUGACUAGCGCAGAACACCAUCGACACAAUCGCAGGCAACACAUGCAAAGCAGAGAGGAAUUGUCGGAAGACGAGCAAUUCAAGAUCUUGAGAUACCACUUGGACAACACAAUAGGACGCCUUCGCACAGGCGUAGGGCUCUUGGAGCAGACUUGGCGACUCCGGUACCCUCUCUUUUAGAGACAUUGCAGACAUGGAAAUUGACGUUCGCUG